CGUUGAGUUUUGACAACCAGCUGGGCUCAUUUUUGCAAAAAUCUCAGAAUACCUCGAUUUUUCGCAAGACAAUGCACGCCAAAUAGGCCACCUUGCCCACUCGUGAUACCCAAUCAGACGUCUACAGGAUCCUCGCAGCUGCUGAAAGUGACUGAGACCGAGAAAAGUGUGCAGAAAAUGGCAGAAAACGAGGCUUUGGUUACCAACGAUGCCAGUGAUGCUGCGGCAACGCCCGCGGAGGGCGCCAGCGGACCAGCAGCGACGCAGGAGGGCGCGCAGCAACGCCAACCGUCGCGCAUGGAGUCCUUCUUCGCCAUUACAAAGUCCCUGAUCAUCCGGGCGCUCGUGAUCUACUUCAUAUCCUCCUUCUUCCGGCGACCGGCAGCACCGGCGACAGACCCCAACGCGAAGCCAGGCGCCCCGGCGGGGCCCAAGACAACGGCGUGGAACUACUUCGAGAACGGAGCCAUGUUCGAUUUGUAUGUUUAUGUGUCGGAGGACUACAAUUUCGCCGACUUCCACCGCUCGGAGUUCCUGGUGUGGCAGCAAAUGGGCCUCGUGUACAAUGACUGGACAAGUGGGCGCGAUCGCGACGGCGUGUUCACGCACAGCACGCAGAUUCCGGCCACGGAACGCGUGCAGAACAACGGCUCAAUCUAUAUUCACGCGUACGUGGUGAAGUCCGGCCAGAGCCCCAAUCCGCACGACACGGACAACUAUGCCGGGCGCCACGUGAGCUACUCCAGGCGCCUCCUGAACAAGUUCAAACGGAUCAAGCACUCCAAGACGCACAAUCUCAUCACCGGAGAGUCAACGAAUCCUCACAGUGCAGAAAUGGACGAGCAGACAGUGACUGAGAUUGUGUCUCACUGGCAUCCCAAUCUCACGAUAAACCUCGUGACGGACCAGACAAAUUGGGUGCGAGGCUCCGUGCCGGCGCCCUUCGACGAGUACAUCACAUUCCUGCCCGGCGGUCACACGUACUUGCCGGUGCUGUUCUUCAACGACUACUGGAACAUGAUGCGCGACUACCAGCCGCUCAACAAGACGACCAAAGUGCUGGAAUUGCAUCUCACUUUCCAGCCACUGUCGCUGUUCAAGUGGCAAUUGUAUGCGGCGCAGGCGAUGAAGAACAAGUGGACGAGUGGAAUCUUUUCGGAGUUGACAGAGGAGCAGGAUGAGGAUCAGGAUUCGCUGAAAGAGGCUCUGCUGGACACGAGUCCACUGAUCUUGGGCUUGACGGCGGCUGUGUCGAUUUUGCACAGUGUUUUUGAGAUUCUAGCCUUUAAGAAUGACAUUCAGUUCUGGAACAACAGGAAAUCACUGGAGGGAUUGUCGGUGAGGAGUGUGUUCUUUGGCGUGUUCCAAUCUGUGAUUGUGUUGCUGUACGUGUUGGAUAAUGACACGAACUUCAUGAUACGGAUUAGUUGCUUCAUAGGAUUGGGCAUUGAAGUGUGGAAGAUUCAGAAAGUGGUGAACAUCCAUGUGAACAGAGAAGCGCUGAUCUUUGGCUUCCUGCCGCGCAUCACCUUCUCAGAUAAGGGCUCAUAUGUGGAGUCCAGCACGAAGCAGUACGACAAGCUCGCCUUUAAGUACCUGGGCUGGCUCUGCUUCCCACUCCUCAUCGGCUACAGUGCGUACUCGCUGGUGUACAAUGAGCACAAGGGCUGGUAUUCGUUCGUGCUGAACAUGCUGUACGGUUUCCUGCUCACGUUCGGCUUCAUCAUGAUGACGCCGCAGCUGUUUAUCAACUACAAGCUCAAGUCUGUGGCUCAUCUGCCGUGGCGCAUGAUGACAUACAAAUUCCUCAACACCUUCAUCGAUGACAUCUUCGCGUUUGUCAUCAAGAUGCCCACAAUGUACAGACUGGGCUGCUUCCGUGAUGACAUCGUCUUCUUCGUGUUCCUCUAUCAGCGCUGGAUCUACAAGGUGGACGUGAAGCGUGUGAAUGAGUUUGGCUUCUCCGGUGAGAUGGAGCAGGAGGCGAAGAUGCGAAUGGUGCCGGCGGAGCAACAGCCGCCGAAGCCGGAAGAGGAGAAGAAGAAGGAUUAGGAAAACUGAUCGAUUUUAUCAACCAGCCCAUAGUUUAGCGAUAAAUUCAUCGUCUGAGAGAGAGAAAGAGAGAGAGAGAGAACGAGGAUGUAAAAACCCUUGAAUUUCGUGUAUUACUGUAUGUGUGUCACUCAGUCUCUCGAUCACGAGAGGAAAAAAUGAGAAUAAAAAAACCUAGAGGAAAUUGUUGCAAAGGAA